GUUAGGUCGCCCAAGAAAAGGGCGUGAUCGGGCCGGGGGGAAGAUGGGGAUCGACAAUCCUUUGGGCGAAUCGCUCAAGCUCCAGGGCUUCGAGGAGCUGCCGCUAGGCGCCGGCUGUCGAAUGGACAGGGUACUCUCUUUUUCCAAUGGGAUUGCUAGCGCCUGUGGAGCAGGCGCCAGGGGGGAGGACGAUGAUUCGUCGUCCAGUAGAUCUAGCGCCUGCGAUUCCACUGUGGAUGCGGCAUUCACCUUUGCUAGCGUAGACGAUUUCAGCCAGCACGAGCUCUUCCAGAGGAGAUCGAGCCACUACGAGGCGGGAGCUCCGGAUGUUGUGGCGCUCAAAGUGGAUGGAUUUGAGAGGGAUUUUGGGGGGAGUGAUGUUGCCAGUGAUUGCGAAUCCACUGCCAAGAAGACCGACUUUGAGAAGCUCCUGGACGAAAUUCGAUCUUCCGGGGAUGGCAGUGAUACCGCGUCGCUGAUAAGAACUGUUCUCCAGACGCUGUUUUACGUGCUCCUGUGGUAUACGUUUAGCACUUGCCUCACACUGUACAAUAAGUUGCUGCUGGGAAAAAAAUAUGGCAAGUUCCCAGCUCCGCUGCUCAUGAACACGAUACACUUCUCUAUGCAAGCCAUCGUAUCGUCGCUUUUGCUACGAUGUUGCUUUCCUUCGACGGCGACGACCGUCUCCAUGUCAUGGAAGGACUACUUCGUGAGGGUGGUUCCUACCGGCGUGGCUACUGCGCUAGAUGUGGAUCUCACGAAUGCGUCCCUCGUCUUCAUCCCGGUUACGUUCGCGACAAUGUGCAAAUCCGCGACGCCGGUGUUUCUUUUGUUGUUUGCUUUCAUAUUUAAAUUAGAGACUCCCAGCUUCAAGCUUUUUGGGAUCAUAUUUAUUAUCUCUUGCGGUGUACUAUUAACUGUUGCGCAAGAAACACACUUUAUUUUUGCGGGAUUUGUAUUAGUCAUGUUAGCUGCAUUAAGUUCUGGAUUUCGGUGGGUCGUCACCCAGCUUCUUCUACAGAAAGAAGAAUACGGUCUGAGCAAUCCUUUAGCGGCAAUGAGCCAAUUCACGCCUAUAAUGGCACUGAUCACUGCUAUCUUCUCACUCAUUCUAGAACCCUGGCACGAGCUCGCUGAAACGUCAUGGUUUGAUUCGCGUUCUCGGGUCAUGGAAAGCACAAUGCUGAUGCUACUUGGUGGAACUCUUGCGUUCUUUAUGGUGAUUGCAGAGUAUCUCCUAAUCAUCAAAACAAGUGCUGUCACAAUGACUGUCGCAGGCGUGGUGAAAGAGGUCGUCACCGUCGUGGCCGCGAUCAUCUGCUUCCAAGACGAGUUUACAUUGCUCAAAGGGAUCGGCUUCUUCGUUAUUGUUGUGGGAGUAGCUCUCUACAACUGGUUCAAGUACGAAGCUCACAUUCAGAAGAAAGACAGGCAAGACCAGUCCGGAAUCGAGAUUGGCACAGCGAAAUACACGAUUCUAAACGGAACGCAAAAAUCCAGCGACGAGGAAAUACUGGACAUAGUGUAAGCGCUCUAAGAAUCUAUCUAUUUAUCAAGAGAUUGAUCGCUCCUCCUUUCGAGCCUAUACUCUUCAAACUCUGUAACCUCGUGAUGGACGAUUUCUUCGAAGUUUUAGUCAACUAGGAGUUGACAAAAAAUGUAAUCUAUGAUACUUGUCAAAUGGAAAAAGCGAGUUUUCAGUGGUA